AUGGUUUGGCAGCGCGGACCUGGGCUGCCCACGCUGCUGCUGUGGCUAGCUGUGGCAGCACUCGUAGUGGAGCAGGGUUACGCCGCCCACUUUUCCAAGCCCGAUAGUACUAGUGUGGACAGUAUGAAUAGCGACGGGCCACCACACCCGACCACGCCGCCGCCGGUGAAAAAGGGUGGCCGCGAGGAGGUGAGCUUCGACUUCGGCUGGCGAUUUCACCUGGGUGACCCAGGCAUUGACCCGGACAGUAACUGCACUUUCCCGAAGAACCUUACCGGAUACCAGUGUUUGGGACUGUUCGCUACAAGCGCUAAAACGCUGGAGAGUUGCAAAGCAUCGUGCUGUGAUACCGUGGGCUGCGCUAUCUGGCAGUGGGGUGGCCAGCCCGACAACCCAGCCAUGGCGUGCUGGGUGGGCACCAGCGAGUCGUGCAGUCCAAAUAAGGCGUGGCAGAGCGGCGCGCGCAACACGACCAUCAACCCGCCGCCGGCGCAGUCCGGGCCGACGUCGCGUAGCUAUGACGACGGCCAAUGGCAGCUGGUGGACGUGCCUCACGACGCCAUCAUCGGCGGCGCGUACAGCCAGAACGCCACGCGUAGCCAUGGCUACCUGCCGUACAACCGCACCUGGUAUCGCAAGCACUUCAACGUGCCGGCGGAGUGGAAGUCUACGAACAGCAGCAUCUGGCUUUACUUUGAGGGCGUGUUCCACAUGACCACGGUCUAUCUUAACGGCGAGUUUGCAUUGCCGAUUCACCGUGGUGGCUACACUAGCUUCUCCGUCCGUCUCGAUAACAUCUCCAGCCUGCUGUACGGGAACGGCACGGAGAACGAGAACGUGGUUGCCGUGGUGGCGAGCGCGUCGGGCGGCUCCGGCUGGUGGUACGAGGGCGGCGGCAUCUAUCGCCAUGCCUACCUGGUGAGAACGCCGACGCAGGUGCACAUCGUCACGCACGGCCUUAACCCGAUGACGGGCGUCACCGGCGACAUAUCCUGGAACGAUGCGUCCGACCCCGCCCAGGGGCUGUUCGCAUCCGCUGCGAGUGUGGCACCCGUCGUAGAAAUCGUCAAUGACGCAGCAGAAACGCUCGUCGGUGCGAGGUACACAAUCAACGUGGCGCUUUGGGACGAAGCAGGCAAACUAGUCACGUCGAAUUCCAUGGCCACGUCCAGUGAUUUGCCGGCGAGGACGGGUGUCAAGGUUGCCGUGGCAAACUUGACGCUCGGAAAGACGCAGCUGUGGAGUGCGCAGCGCACGUACAUGUACAAACUGCAGGUUGCCAUUCUAGGCACGGACGGUGCCACGCUGGACAACGUAGAACAGACGAUCGGAUUCCGGCAGGCGAAGUGGACGUCCGACUCCGGCUUCUACCUGAACGGGCAGGCGUACAAGUGGCGUGGCUUCUGCGAUCACAACGACUUUGCCGGAGUCGGCGUGGCCGUGCCGGAGCGAAUCAACCUCUACCGGGCGCAGACCAUGAAGGCUGUCGGCGGCAACAGCUGGCGAAUGUCUCAUAACCCUCCGGUCCCAGCCCUGCUGGACAUUCUGGACCGCGUCGGCAUCGUGGUGUGGGACGAGAACCGUGACUUCUACAACACGACGUACGACGUCGACAACCAGCGGAGCAUGGUGAAGCGCGACCGCCACCACCCGAGCGUCAUGUGCUGGUCGUUCUGCAACGAGGCCGGGUGCGAGAGCCAGAACGCGGCCGUGGGCGCCAUCUUCCGUGCCGUCUCCAAGGAAGAGGACACGACGCGGCCCGUCACUGGCAACAUGUUCGACUACGGACCGGGUAAGCUUAGCGACGUCAUUGAGGUGCAAGGCUUCUCGCAUCAGGGCGGCCAGCGAUUCGACAGCUUCCACAAGGACCACCCGGACCGUCCGGUGAUCGGAUCCGAGUGUUGUUCGUGCACCACGCAGCGGGGAGAGGACGUGGGCAAUGGCAGCGCCGAGUUGCUUAGCAACUUCAACGGGGACUGCCUGGAGGGACAAACGGGUGUGGAGAUGUCGCGUAAGUUCGUCUCCGGCCUGCUCGUCUGGACGCUGUUCGACUACUACGGCGAACCGGCGUUUGGCUGGCCGCAUCGUUCCAGCUCGUUCGGUGCCAUAGACCUGGCCGGUUUCCCCAAGGCCGCGGCGUGGUACUACAAGUCCUGGUGGCUGCUGAGCCCGGUCAAUAUGUCGUCGUCGCCUGCCGAUCGACCUCAUCGCCCAAUCGCAUUACGUCAUCCAAUGCAGCCGCUGCACGAGCAGCAGCAGCAGCGGACGCAGCGGCAGUGGCAACUUAACCCCAGUGAUAAUAUUGAUGAUGAUGAGAGUGCGCUGGAUCUGGUCUCUGUCAGUGGCAAUAACGAUGCAUACACCAUACACAUCGUGCAGCACUGGCAGCCGGAUGUCGGUGGCAGCAAGCGUACCAUACAGGCGCACACAAACGCCCCGCAGGCAGAGCUCUUCGUGAACGGCGCGUCGCAGGGCAAGUCCACCGUCGUCUGGAUCGGCUACGCCAAGUGGAACAACGUCCAGUACACAGACGGUAAUCUGACGGCGGUGGGGCUGGACGGCACGGGCAAGGUUGUCACCAGUCACACUGUCAUGACUCCCGGCCCUCCGGUUAAAUUACUACUCAGUGUGGACGCGCCGUCAGCGGCGACCGGCACCGGUAGCUCUCUCGUACUGGACGGCUUCGACACGGCCAUGCUGAGUGCGCAGAUCGUGGACAGUCGCGGUCAAGUGGUGCCCGGCGCGGCGCACAACGUCACGUUCUCCGUCGCCUCCGGUCCCGGCCGAGUGGUCGCCGUCGGUAACGGAGACCCGCGCUGCCACGAGCCCAAUCAGGCCAGCUGGCGCAGCGCCUAUCACGGCCUUGCGCGUGUGUUUGUACGCGUCACGGAGCACCGCGCGGGCAGCGGUCGUGCGCGCGACACCAUGCUCCAGGUGGACGCCGAGGGCAACCGCGUCACGCGUGUCUUCCCGUCCGGUCACGAGCUGGACGGCAUCGCCGACGCGAUCGUCGUCAAGGCAACCACCACCAUUGGUGGACAGGUGGCCAUGGCGACUGCCAGUGUGCCAGUUUCGGCGGACGCGAGUCGUCAUGGUGUCCUGGAGACAGCACAGCGGUGGAUGCGUUCCUAG